CGAAAUCUCGAUCCCUCCAAGAUCGACUUCUACAAAACCCGCCACAUCACCCCAUAUCAUCCAUCAUCCAUGCCUACUAGGCACAAAGCAUGUACAAAUCACAAGAAACACCCUUCCCAGUCAGAAGAACAGCAUCAUCAAAAGACCUGGAUGAUCCCAGCCUCUCAAGGCAAUAGCAUAAACCACCCAACGAAGAAAAGGCUAAAAAAUAUCAGACGAACGGGAUCGAACCAUGUGUGUAAAUACACAUCAAUCAUCUCAUCUCAUUUCACGCGCGUCAACCCGUCUGAAUGGUUCAGCACGGCUCACAUUGUACAACGAAUAUCCCCGUCCCUGAAGGCUCUCGACCUCUCAAAGAUCCAAGGCCCGAAAAGAUAGAGCCCGUACUCCGGGAUCCCCUCCCCCCUCCAACCCUUCCCGCCGUUACGCUCCGGCCGCCCCGGGUGGAUUGGGAUUUGUCUUCUGGAUCUCGCAUCAUGGCCCAUGAUGUCCCGAAUGUGACUCACCAUCCAAACCCAAAUAUCGCCACAGAUGUUCA